AUGCCACGAUGCUUGCGACACAAGCAGCGGCUGGCAAGUUUAGCAAGUCUUGCGGCGCUUCUGUACUUCCUGAUCCCCCGUGCCAGAGAGUCGUGCAGUUUCGCAGCUGUGGCAGAGGAUGUCCAGGGCAAGCGCCUGUUUCUGAGGCGCGUGCCGGACGGCUUCGAUGAGUUCGUAACCUUCGACACUGGCAGUGUUGCAGAGGAGUUGGCGCAAAGAGCGGCCCUUGCCCUCGAUGCCGAGGUAGUCCAGCAGCUCUCCACAGGUGACUUUGGUGGCCUGGUCUGCCUCGACAACAUCUUGGGGCCCAGGCUCAGCGACCAGCUGCACCAGGAGGCGAAAGUGCUGCGAAAGAUUCUGCAGCCUUCCACUUACUGGAACAGAUGGCAAGAAGGUCGUGAGGAUUCCUAUCGCUUGAUCGACAGAAGUUCCUGCGAACUGCAUGGGUUUCGUGGAAUGGCCACUGGCAUCGAUCUCCUGCUCGCUGUUUGCUCUCGCCUCGCGGAGAUUUGCCCGGUCGACGGCAAGAGGGUCGGCCCCACUCCACAUGCGCAGCUCGCGUGCUUUGCCGAAGGCUCAGCAGGCUAUGCUGCGCACACCGACGGGUCCUCAAUGGCAGACCUUGACGUGGACAUGCCGUUGGACCAGAAGCAGAUGAUCUCCUCAAGGCGAUUCACUGCCAUUCUCUAUCUGAAUGAGCGAGAAUGGGAGGAAUCCUACGCCGGGGCAUUUCGAGCCUUCCGCUCCAAAGACAUGAGCGGUGGUGACUCUGGAUUCGUAGAUGUUUGGCCGCGAGGCGGUUCCUUAGUACUUUUCCGUUGUCGGGACCUGGCACACCAGGUUCUGGCUUCCCAACAUGACCGCUAUGCCCUAACAAUGUGGUUUACUGCACCCGCAGUUGCUUUGUUUCCGCUUUCGCUUGCUGCCAUGGCCUGGGGUCCCCGGGGAUCGAUGCGGACAACCGGGAGGUCUCGAACAAUUUUCGCCGCCUGUCUUGCGGCCUGCGGGAUUUUCGCGCACUGGAGAUGCUCCUUCGUUAAUGCCUGGACGGCGAGGCCUGGCAGCUUCCCGGCACGAGGAGGCCAUCCUGCACGUGCGGCCGGCGCUGCGGAAGUGGCCAAAGAUGGGCAGAUCUUUGUCUCUAUAGCCGCCUACGCGGACCCAGAGCUGCCUGCCACGAUGCAGUCGUUAGUUGCCGCGGCUUCGCGGCCGGAGCUGAUUCGAUUUGGGAUAGUUUGGCAGGGGCCCGGGAGCGGCCUGGAGCCUCUGGACAUGGACGAAUUGGCGAAGCUCUGGAACCUCAGCAGCUACGCGGAGGAUCGAGUCGUCGAACAUCUGGAGCUGCCCGAUGAUGCCAGCUUGCCCAUCUGGGCUUCGGAUUCAGGAGACGGAAGACGGGUGCCCUUGUCUCUGCGGAUUGGCGGCCGUGGCUGGGGCCGCGGUUUGGCAUCCGAAGGUGCGGGCUGGCACUCCGAGGGCCACGGCUGGGACCGGGGCCGGCUUUUGGGUCGCCGGGUGGUGUACUUCGGAGAGCGUCACGAAGAGCCUGCAGUAUGCGCCGCACAGCUUGCAGCCUUGCAAGAGUGGCUGGAGGCGAACCCAGCAACUCCGACUGCUUUGGUGCUGGAGCACUUCACUGCCCAACAGCAGCACAUUCUGGAUCGAUGGGGGCAGGACGAUCCGCGUGAGCUUGUGGAUGAGUAUGAAGCCCAGAAUGGGGAAUUUGACAUCGGGCUCUACGAGCCUCUACUUACAGCUGCUGCAGAAGCAAAGGUGCAGCUUGUUGCGGGCUUUCCAAGUCGAGCUGAAGCCAGAGAGGCAGUCCGGGGAUCCAUGGAUGUGAGGGAAAUGGAAGAACUACACAAGCUGAUGGGCCCAGAGACUCUUGAAGAUCAUUUUCGGCUCUUUGCUGCUAUGAUCGCUGGGGCGCCAGUUUCCGAGCAUGAGACUGGGGAAGUCCCCACGCGAGGGCGGCAGAUCUUCCCUGCCCAGUGCUGGAAGGAUUUUGUUUGCGCGAAGGUCAUCGUUGGCCUUUUGGGAAGCCAUCACACUAUGGUGGUGUGUGGUUGCGGACACCUCGACUUUGGACUCGGGAUACCCAGCCGCGUAGAAGCACUGGCGAAGCGCCAGCUACCCCAUUUGCUUCCUCUUCAGCAGCUGAUUGUUACGGCCAGGGCACGAGACGAGGAGGUUGUAUCCCAAUUCCGCGGCCAAAGCUUGGCUGACAUUGUCAUUCGCUACGAUGAGACGCCAGAAGUCGUGCUUCGCCGUGCAUGUGUCUGGCGACGGUUUUGCACGAUCCGAGCGCAUUUCCUGUCGCCCGAGCUCAGCAUCGCGCUCCAGCGCAUAACGGCUUGUAACAAGAGUGACCACUUGCUCAUGGUGGUCCGCGACGAAUUGGCGGGCGAUAGCGACCCGGAUGUUAUUGGUCGGCAUGUGGGGAUGAACCACCUCGUCUGUUGGCAACGGGGCUGGUAUGUCUAUCGGCAGGCUGGUCGAAAGCUCGAACGUGGCCAGGAACAUGGCUGCGUGCUCCAAAAGCGGCUGGUGUUGGCCCUUUCGCCGCUGGGAGCGGACAGAACGGGACUUCUUCAAGGCUUUCGAGCUGCACUGCUCUAUGUGGAGAGCUUCAAAGAUGGUUCCGACUACGAGCUGAAGGCAGAGAUGAUGGGUGGUCGCAUUCGGUCGUUACGCAUGACCCCAGAGGCCGCCCGUGGACCCUGCUGGGCACGGUACCUGGCGCAGCUGCUUUGGAGCGGGGAGGAGCUGUACCUGCAACUGGACAGCCACAUGCGCUUUGUGCCGGGUUGGGAUGAUAAAGCACGCGAAGAGCUCGCCUGGUGUGGCAUGCACUCAGAGAAACCAGUACUUUGCACUUACGGGCCUGGCUACUCCUUGGGCACACCGUAUUCCGAGAUUCCCAAAGGCAACGUCCCGGUGAGCAUGAACUGUGCGAAUACCUUCGACUCGGAUGGAAUUCUGUUGAUCAAGGCGAGGGAGCUCAAGGCACCGCUGCCUGAGCCCACGAAGCAUUACUUCUGGGGCGCCCAGUUCUCGUUCUCCUCGGCAGAGGUCCUGUGCGAGGUGCCAUACGAUCCGCAGCUCCAGAUGCUGUUCUUUGGCGAAGAGAUAUCAAUGGCCGUGCGUCUGUACACACAUGGCUGGGAUGUCUAUGCUCCCAAAGAGAACCUGUUCUUCCAUCUUUGGGAAAGGGAUUACCGCCGAGUGUACUGGAAGGACAACAGGGCACUCUUCGCCUCUCUGCUCAAGGCGUCGCAGUGCCGCCUUCACGGCCUGCUGGACGGCAGCGCCCCCGGCGACGGCAGAGCAUGGCCGUUGCCAGGCGGCCUGAGAUCCAGCGGUGAUGCCUUUGGCCUCGGAAGUCACCGACCUCUGGAAGCCUACGAGGCUGAGUCCGGUGUCCACUUCAAGGGCAAGAGCCUGCAGGCGACAGCGCUACGAGGGGGCGGCGAUGCCCUGUCUGAGGACCACUUCUUGGAGCCUGCCAUCCAGGCACGGGAGGCCAUCGAGCUGUCGGGGGCGGUGGAAGAGCUGAGUUUCCUUUCAGGCGUUCCCUUCGUAGCGGAUGCUGCUGUAAACGGCGCUCCGUCCUACGUAGCACACGUGCAGGGCGACGAGAUGCACAGGUUUGUGCUGUGGUACUCCAGCACGAACCAGACGUGGAUCGUGAACUCUGGUGGUGUCGCGCAUGGCUUGGGCCAGGAAGCAGUUCCUCUAAUCUUCAGCGAGGCUGGUGUCGACACCCCUGUCGAUGCGAGUCGAUGGCAUUACUUUGAUGGCUUCAUGGGUGGUUGGAUUCCAAGCCGAACCAUGAAGUUCCGCGAAGCACGCGAGGAGGCGCGGGAGGAUGCGGAGGCCGAAGGGAGUUGGCUCGAUGCUGUGGCCAGCCUCGCGAGUCCACUCAUCCCGCGCUACCAGUGA